GUUCCAACGGCCCAACGAUCAAACAGCUAAUGGUUGGAAUGGCCUUAUUAGAAACAAAUUUUCUUUCCAUUUCUCCCGACAAACCUGGUGACCACUCAAAACCCUAACCCUGGUAACCGUAAUUUUUCCUCCAUGGCCGCCUCCAAGCCCAUCGCUCGCCCGUUAGUCUCUGUCCAGUUCCUUGACGGCGACAUGGCCACCGACAGUGUAACCACUGCCUUCUUGCCGGACGUGUUGCGCUCCCCGAUCCGCCCCGACAUUGUCCGUUUCGUUCACGAUAACCUCUCUCGAAAUAAGCGUCAACCCUACGCUGUCUCGAGGCGUGCCGGCCAUCAGACCUCAGCUGAGUCGUGGGGUACCGGCCGCGCCGUCUCCCGUAUCCCUCGCGUUCCCGGCGGCGGUACCCACCGAGCCGGCCAGGGUGCCUUUGGAAACAUGUGCCGUGGUGGUCGCAUGUUUGGCCCCACCAAGAUCUGGCGGCGCUGGCACCGCCGCGUUAACAUCAACCAGCGCCGCUAUGCAGUUGUCUCUGCCCUAGCUGCCUCAGCCGUCCCUUCCCUAGUCCUAGCCCGCGGUCACCGCAUAGAGUCUGUUCCGGAGCUCCCGCUCGUUCUCUCCGACUCCGUUGAGUCCAUUGAGAAAACAUCCUCGGCCAUCAAGAUCCUUAAGCAGGUCGGAGCCUAUCCGGAUGCUCAAAAAGCUAAGGAUUCACUGGGGAUCCGCUCCGGGAAGGGAAAGAUGCGCAAUCGUCGCUACAUUUCUCGCAAGGGUCCUUUGAUCAUCUAUGGAACUGAGGGUUCCAAGAUCGUCAAGGCCUUCAGGAAUCUACCAGGAGUUGAGGUUGCCCAUGUCGACCACCUGAAUAUUUUGAAGCUUGCUCCAGGUGGUCAUGUCGGGAGGUUCAUUAUCUGGACCAAAUCGGCAUUUGAGAAGCUGGAUGAGGUAUUUGGCACCUUUGAGAUUCCUUCAGAGCUGAAAAGGGGUUACGUUCUACCUAGGCAGAAGAUGACCAAUGCUGAUCUUAGUAGGAUCAUAAACUCUGAUGAGGUGCAGUCUGUUGUGAAGCCGAUCAACAAGGAUGUCAAUAGGAAGACGGUGAAGAAGAACCCUUUGAAAAAUCUCAGCGCUAUGCUCAAGCUUAAUCCAUAUGCAAAAACGGCAAAGAGGAUGGCACUGCUUGCCGAGAAACAGAGAGUGAAGGCCAAACAGGAGAAGCUUGACAAGAAGAGGAGUCCGCUUACCAGGGAAGAAGCUGCUAAAAUGAAGGCUGCUGGAAGGGCAUGGUACAACACAAUGAUAUCUGACAGCGAUUACACAGAGUUUGAAAACUUCUCCAAGUGGUUAGGUGUAACUCAGUGAUCACUGGUAGCUGGUUUUGGUGAUUGUCAUUUUCCUUGCUAUUUGAUAUUUUGACUGUCCUGUCCCGUCUCUGUUAUUUUUGUGUGUAGAUAAGGCUUACUAGGCUUUCUAAUUCUUCAAGUUUGUUUCCGUUUAUAUGUCAAAGCUCGUGGUUAUUUUAAUAAUUUUGUUUAUUUGCCGAUGAUAACAUUUGUGCAUUAUGAUUUCAUGUGAUAAUGUGAUGAUUUAUUAUAUAA